UCUAACUUUUGUACAGCAUUUCUAUUUGUUCAUUUCUGUGCCAAUUAAUUUAACUUGCCUAUUUUUCUUACAACAACCAUGAUCAGAAAUCAGUUUAAGACAUUAUUGAAGUCACUAAAUAUACUGCAAUGGCCAUAAAAGUAAGAGUUAGUUAAAUAAAACUCUAGUGACAUAACUGCUUUUUUUCCUUUAGUUCUAAUCACCUGAGAAACAGAAGAGCAGAGUUUAGAUUGAAGUAACUACAGUUAAAAUCCAAACAGUCAUCUUGUGUUCGAUGCUGCAUAGAUGGUUGUAGAAAGAACAUUCACCUACCUUCUCCGUUAAAUUACACAAGUAGAAGAAGCUGUUAAAUAAAUAGCCUUUGUGUCCUGAGCAAUAUGACAAUAUGUGUAGUCAUUUGGUGUUAAUGAUUCUAAGGAUAACUUACUUUCAGGGCUUGUCUACAUGGGCACCUUACAUUGGAUUAAUUUGUUAGCUCUGAAUCCAGUGCAUUAACUGUACUUAAAUAAAGUGUGCCCACACUGCUUUGUUAUACAGGCUUAAGGUACUUUCCUUGCUGAUCAUAUCCAUGCUGCUCUGUUUGUUUGAAUUAACUGCACAGCAUUCUGGGCAGAUAUCCCAUGGUGCAAUGUUCUGCUGCUCAGCUAUAGGCUCUGGGAUUUUUCUCAGUGCAUUGUGAGGUGCUUACUGAAACCUACAGGAAUUUUGGGACUUGAGGUCAAACUAACCAAAUGCAUGAUUCCUCUCCUGCCAUCCAUAAUUAAUCCAUAUUUUGCCAGCCACACUUUUGAACUGUUAUCAGGCACCAUGGAGGGCACACUGCUGUGAUCAUAAUAGUCAUUAAUAAGGAUAGGAUGAUUCCCAUGCAUUGACAGUUGUGCAGUUAAAUGGAUUUGGCUGGGCAUCUGUGAACAGCUUUGGAUUCCACAGCAGUAUGGCUAUAGGUGGACUUAAAACAGAGCAGUUACCUUUUCCAGGGCAUUUUUCUGGAGCAGUUUCAUUCAGUUGAGCACCACUGACUGGUGGGAGAGGAUAGUGAUGCAGAACCAGGAGGACCAAAGAGGCCACCGAAUUUCAGGAUGUAGAAUUCUGUUUUUCUAGAUAUCUGUGAGGUGCUUACCCUAGAGCUGCAGUGGCAGAAUACCAACCUGAGAGCUCUCGUCAGCUUGGGGAGGCAUGUUUCCAUCACCAUGGGGAAGCAUGCCAUGCCUGAUUGCUACUGGUUGUCUUGGAGACACACAGUUUUGUUUUAGAUUCCGACAGUCUUCUAGUAGGAGGCUCUCACUGCAUUGUAUGCUGGACCAGUUGGACAGAGACUUACCAGUUUCCUUAAAGAAGGACUCUGCAUAUUACUAUGGCUAUGUAUAUUUUAGACAAGUUCGAGACAAAACAUUAAAAAGAGGCUACUUCCAGAAGUCCUUGGUUCUCAUCAGCAAACUACCUUAUAUCCAUCUUUUCCACACUGUGCUUAGGCAUAUAGCACCAGAAUAUUUUGUAAAGAAUGAACCUUUCCUGGAAGCAGUUUGUAGUGAUGUUGAUCAUUGGCCACCACCAGUCCCAGGGAAAACACUAAAUUUGCCUAUUAUGGGUAUUAUAAUGAAGGUGCGGAUUCCAACAUGUCAUGACAAGCCUGGAACAACCCACAUAGUACAGUUCACACAUGAGGAAGACACACAAAUCUCCAUUGCUUUACCUACUGUUCAUGAAGUGGAUCUUUUCAGAUGUUUCUGUCCAGUAUUCUUUCACAUUCAGAUGCUUUGGGAACUAGUGUUAUUAGGAGAACCAGUUGUUGUUAUGGCACCAUCACCUUCUGAAUCUUCAGAUACUGUUCUGGCACUUGUUAGUUGUAUUUCACCUCUGAAGUACUGCAGUGAUUUUAGGCCCUACUUCACUAUACAUGACAGUGAAUUCAAAGAAUAUACCACUCGUACACAGGCCCCGCCUUCUGUCAUUUUAGGAGUGACAAACCCUUUUUUUGCUAAAACACUCCAGCACUGGCCACACAUUGUCCGAAUAGGAGAGAUUAAGCUUCCAGGUGAAGUUCCAAAGCAAGUGAAAGUGAAAAAGCUGAAAAACCUAAAGACUUUGGAUUCUAAACCUGGUGUUUAUACAUCUUAUAAGCCAUACUUGAACAGAGAUGAAGAAGUCAUAAAACAGUUACAAAAGGGUGUACAACAGAAACGUCCUGCAGAAGCCCAAAGUGUAAUUCUUAGACGUUACUUCUUGGAACUGACACAAAGCUUCAUCAUUCCAUUAGAACGUUAUGUGGCAAGCCUGAUGCCCCUGCAAAAGAGCAUAUCUCCAUGGAAGAGUCCACCACAGCUGAGACAAUUCAGCCAAGAAGACUUUAUGAAAACACUUGAGAAAGCAGGACCACAGCUCACCUCUGGAUUAAAGGGAGACUGGAUAGGACUUUACAGACAUUUCUUGAAAUCUCCAAACUUCAAUGGCUGGUUCAGGACCCGGAGGAAGGAAAUGACGCAGAAGUUGGAGGCCCUCCAUUUAGAAGCGCUCUGUAAUGAGGACUUGCUUUUCUGGAGUCAGAAACAUACUGAAGUAGAAAUAGUGGAUCUUGUCUUAAAGCUAAAGAAUAAACUGUUCCAGGCUGACAGAGAACAUCUACCCAUGAAACCUGACACUAUGGAAAAGCUACAGAUGCACAUUGAUACAAUUAUACUAGCACUCCCAGAUGACUUACAGGAUAUUCUGCUCAAAACUGGUACAACAUGAUUUGUAUUAGGAUUUGUAUGCCGCAAACACACAACAUAUUCCAAAGCUUCACAGAAGAGACUGGCAGAGAUCAAUGGACUGGAGCUGCGAAUGGUAUACUAACACUUGUAAUUGACAGUAGUAAUAGUGGAAAAACAAUUUUUAGCUUUUAUUUUAAAAUAGAAACCUACAGGGGUUCCACUUAAAUACUGAUGGAACUAAAGAAUUUCUGUGUUCAUUAUGUUUAAAACCAAGUGCUCUUAUUAACAACCUGUGGGUAUAUGAAAUUGUGAAACAUGCAGGACCACAAUGCAAUGCUGGCAUUGCAGAUUUUUUUUUUUUUUAAUUGGUGCUGCUGUGCACAUUAAUGUUAACUCAGGGGGAAGCAUCAUUCACAUUGGCUUUGUAAAGAGACUAUCCCAUUUAAGGUAAUAUCUAAUUAUUUUUAAAGCCUUCUUUCUUUAGAUAUUUUUAAUCUGAUGUUAAAAACUAACUGCCAUGCUAUUGUGACUUGGAUGAAGUACAUAAUAGUUGAGGAAUUGUGUUGGCAAAUCAAAAUUUUAUGAUUUAUAGAACUGCUAUUAGCAGAGACAAAUGAAAGCAUUAAAUAGACCAUUAAUCUUGUUUUACUUUUUUACUCUUUUUUUUUUUUCUUCAACGAUUAUAUUACGUCUGCCUCUGGACAGAAAAGAAGGCAUCUGUUAAAUAUAUCCUAAGAAAGAGAAACUCGUAUAUUUUCCUUUAACUUUGUCCAUUUAAAGUCAGAUAAUGGGUAAUUGUCUUCACAGGCCUUAAUGCUAACCCUAGAUUAGUUGUGUUUUUGUCAUUGAACAAUUAAAAUGAUUUUAAAGCUGAACUGCUGAAAUUAAGGAUUUAAGUUUCCAUUAAUCUUAACUAUAUAUAGUCUGCAUCACAAAAUAUAAAGUGUUGCUUACUAAAUAUUACCAAGGUGUUAAUGUUACUGUUGCUCAUCCUGUAAUAGAUGUCAGUAGUGCUAGCUGGCACAGAAUCCACUGUAGUUGAGGAUCAUUGUAGUAGUAAUCUUAAGGUGUGCUUCUCUCUCCGGCCAGGAAAUGAUUGUGUUACUGUUUUUUAGGAGGAGGAAAUGGGGCAGGAGAGAGGAGACUAUAUUACUUUCAACUGAAGGAAUCUUGGGGAUUGUUGAGACUAUAUCCAGAAAGAGUUGCAGCACAGUUAAGCUACUUAAAAUACAUGCAUACAGUAAACAUGCAUAAAUAAUCCAUUUUUCAUUCUAUAUUAAGCAACAAGAAUUUGUUGCCACUAGAUCACCUUAAACCAAGAAAACUAAGACUGGUAUAAGAAGUGCAUAUUUGCUCUGCAUGCAAAGAGUGACUUUGAGGAUCCAUUCCAAGCAGGAUAAGAUGAAGCCAUGAUGUACAAAUAAAUACAGUACAUACUUUAUACUCUUAGAUGACAAGUGGUUCACAAUGAUCAAAAGAUUCUUCUUUACGUACUUUGGGUAGAAUAAGAAGUCUUGUAACGUUGCAAUUCUGCUAUGGAAAAAAAUGCCUUUGUAUGAUAAAUGUUUCAUAGUAUCUUUCUAAAAAUGUCUUAUUUAGGUAUAAACUGUCACAUUGUUAUUUUUAAGAAAAUACGUAUUUUAAUACUUUUACAGUGUAUAUAACAUUCAUGAUCAGAAGUUAGUUUAACAAAUUGUAUCAAGACUGUCAUUUAAAUUAUACCACUAUGGCAUUAAUUAAUCUCUAACAUGCAAUUUGUUUUGCACAGCUGAUGACUAGCAUUUUUAACCCUGAAACUGAAAAGCGGUCAUUACUCUGGUAAAUUAUCUUUAAAUAUUUGACUGAAGCACUGUAUGAUAUCUUAGAACUGUGUAAACUGGCAUCAGUUGUGUCAGCCUAUUACCACUUGACUGAAAAUAUGUAUUUUUGUAAAAGGAAAUAAAUGUCCAUCUUUUAGAAUGUU